UUUCUAUUAACAUGGCUAGGUUUAGACCAACGAAUGUAUUUGCAGAGUAUAAAAAGUUAUUGACGAUUUUGGCAUUACUAUGACUGUACAUAGGAUGCGGAAAAUGCGAGUACGACGAGAAACUAUCGAUAGAUUUACUAUAUGUCUCUGCUCUAAGCAACUGUGAGCCAGAGAAACUUAUGGCCAAGGAUUGUAAAGCUGCAACAGCUUCAGUUGAAAAGAGAGGAUUUGUCCCCUUCUUCGCAUCUGAGAAUUUUAACACUGGAUAUCCUAUGUACAUGAGCUUAUUUAGAAGAGACUCACAGAAGGAAAUCAUUGUCAGUUUCUCAGGAACCAGAAAUCCUAAGCAACUCAUUGAUGAAUUUGUAAAGAAUGUGCCGACUGAUUACGAUAUCCACCCAGGCAAGAAGGUUAAGGUGCUUAAAUAUUUUUACGAGGAUUAUAAAAAUCAGUUUCGAAACGAUCUGGUACAACAACUCAUGAGCAUUUUUGAAGAUGCAAAGUUUGAUGAUUACAAAGUUAUAUUUACCGGACAUUCUCUUGGAGGUGCUAUGGCUAUACAUGCUGCUGCAGAUCUUGUUCUUAGCGAUUUCCUCAUAAAUCGUGCAGCCAUUGUAUAUACAUUCGGGCAGCCUCGGGUUGGAAAUGCUGAAUUUUAUGAGCAGUUUAUUGGAAAACUCAAUGCUUUUUAUAGAGUAGUACACGACAAAGAUAUUGUUCCUCACUUACCUCCUUGUGUCCCUAACUUGCAUCAUGGAUGUGCUAAAGAGGGAUUUUUGAUACCAAUUUUCCCUUACCAUGCUCCUACUGAAAUAUAUUAUGACAAAGAGAUGAUGAGUUAUAAACAAUGCAGUAAUACUGAAGGAGAAGACAAAGACUGAUCUGAUUCAUUAUCAAAGCCAAGCUUUGGUGAGCAUCUAACUUACUUUGGAGUGAGAGUUGGGGAGUAUCAUAAGCAAGAAUCUGAACAAGUAAAUGAAAACUCGAUAAAUAAAUUGCUGAAGAGCCAAUAGUAAUUCUGAAAGAUCUUUUAAAUAAUUCCGGAAAUUUUA